GGGACCUUUCCUCGUGGCCAGCUUCUUAGAGGGACUGUUGGACGACUAGCCAACGGAAGUUUGAGGCAAUAACAGGUCUGUGAUGCCCUUAAAUGUUCUGGGCCGCACGCGCGCUACACUGAUGAAUCCAACGAGUCGUUUGCCUAGGUCGAAAGGCCCGGGUAACCUUCUUAAGGUUCAUCGUGACGGGGAUAGAUUGUUGUAAUUAUCGAUCUUGAACGAGGAAUGCCUAGUAAGCGCGAGUCAUCAGCUCGCGCUGAUUACGUCCCUGCCCUUUGUACACACCGCCCGUCGCUCCUACCGAUUGAAUGGUCCGAUACUGCGGACUGCCACUCGGGCGUAGGAACGGCCCCGAGAAAAGGGGGUCUCCCAGGAUCGAAGGUCCAGAGGCAUUUAUUGAGAGCAGAAAGGGAUGAGGUUCCGAGGGAGAAAUCGCCAUUGGGGUCUGUUCAGUCAGCUUGCUGGAAAGGGACAUGUGCAGGUCCCUCGGCGGAUGGCUCAGUGAGCACCCUCCGGAUGUGCCAGACGGUCGGUGGCUGGCGGUUCUGAGUCCAGUUUGCACUCUUAUAGGGGCCUGCGUGCUUAGCAGCCCCCUUGCAGUCGACGAAGGCGACUUUUCGGGCGUUGUUUUUGGGACCUUGUACUCGAGUUACGAGGGACUCUCUUCACACGCUUUGGGUGGUUUCCAGUUUGCGAGGGAUGGGCGAGUCGUGCUUUGGUGGUCGAGAGAACAUUUCUGCGGCGCCGUUCGGGUCCAUGGUCGUCUCUCUCGGAGGGCUUAUUUCACGACAGCUCGGUCAUCCUUGGCGGCGGUCGCGGCUGUCAGGGCUUUCAUGUGCCGUGGUGCCGGGUUGUGGAUGGUUGCGUUCACCCUCGCUCAUAGUCUUGCGAUGAUUGGCGCCUGAUUGCCGACGGCGGUCCGGUUGGCGGUCGUUUGCAGGGUGUGGAGGCGGAGGUGCCCGUCACCGGCUCUCAGCUUCGGCACCAUCAUCCCGGCUGUGAUGCCCUUAGAUGUUYUGGGCCGCACGCGCGCUACACUGAUGAAUCCAACGAGUCGCUUGCCUGGGUCGAAAGGCCCGGGUAACCUUCUUAAGGUUCAUCGUGACGGGGAUAGAUUGUUGUAAUUAUCGAUCUUGAACGAGGAAUGCCUAGUAAGCGCGAGUCAUCAGCUCGCGCUGAUUACUGAAGAGAUUCAACCAAGCGCGGGUAAACGGCGGGAGUAACUAUGACUCUCUUAAGGUAGCCAAAUGCCUCGUCAUCUUACUAGUGACGCGCAUGAAUGGAUUAACGAGAUUCCCACUGUCCCUAUCUACCAUCCUGCGAAACCACAGCCAAGGGAACGGGCUUGGAAGAAUCGGCAGGGAAAAAAGACCCUGUUGAGCUUGACUCUAGUUCGACUGUGUGAAAUGACUUGAAGGGUGUAAAAUAAGUGGGAGCCUUACGGCGCAAGUGAAAUACCACUACUUUUAACGUUAUUUUACUUAUUUCGUGAGGUGGAGCCGGGGCUCUGCCCCUGCUUCUCGAUCCAAGGUGCAGGCCCUCGUGGCCUGUCCGAUCUAAGCGAAAGACAUUGUCAGUUGGGGAGUUUGGCUGGGGCGGCACAUCUGUUAGAACAUAGCCCAGUUGUCCUAAGAUGAGCUCAACGAGAACAGAAAUCUCGUGUGGAGCAAAAGGGCAAAAGCUCAUUUGAUUUUGAUUUCCAGUACGAAUACAAACUGUGAGAGCAUGGCCUAUCGAUCCUUUAGCGUUUCAGGACUUGAAGCUAGAGGUGUCAGAAAAGUUACCAAGGGGAUAACUGGCUUGUGGCAGCCAAACGUU